ACUCUAUUAGUGAUGGACAUAAAAGAAAUCGCGUCUCACAUAAUUUUGACUGCAUAUACAUAUACAACAAAGAUAAUCGUAGAUCGGGUGUACACACACUAAUGCUUAAAGUUCAAACAACUAUUUAAGUGUGCUUAAAGAAAACUAAAAUAAAUUUCCCCAAAAUGAAAGCCAAACCAUAUUAAAUCGCUCUUCAUAUCUUAUUAUUAUAUUAUCAUGUUAUUAUUACAUUAUUAUAAUUUCUAUGAAUAUUAUAUAAUACACUAGCGGAACUCUUUCUAUAACCCAAACAAAAAGCAACAUUCUUGGCUGUUUGUUCAGAGUGUUGUCUGAGUUUCCACUUGGAGGUUCUGCAUGUUCUUGCCCUAGGGCAGUGCAACAACCUUUUCAACCCAACCCAACCCAGUCACGACAUGUUCUGAAGAACAUGCACACAUAUAUAUCAAUAUUUGUCAUUGUCAUAAGCUGCACCGAGAGCUCCACGGUGGCUUUAAUGCUCUCUGAAGUCCAAUUGCUGACAAUGAAAAGUUCAAAUCGAAACAUAAAUGAGAAGAGCGACGGCAAGCAAUCAUUUUUGUUAUUUUUCACUUUUCUUUAUGUAUAUGUAUGUAUACAUAAUGCUAAUGAUCUUUAAGCUGAUGAUGAUCAUGAUGAUGUGUGAGCGUGUCUGUGAUUGCUGUAAUGUCGCUAAUGAGACGAGCCAACUAUAAAUCGAGCAUUUGAAGACUGAAUGAAAAGUGAUUUGUUGGCGCUGGUAAUUAGCAUCGAACCUGCAGCUGCAACACGUUGCACAGAGCUGGGCUUGCCCCUUGGCAAUGGCGACGUGCCCCCUUUCGCUGUGUAUGGCUAACCAUGACCGCCGCCAAUUACGGUAAGCCGCGACCAUGUCCACGGCUCUGUUUGUUGAUAAGCCACUUUCGAAUGCACAGCGCACUUGGCUGUUGACUGUUUUGCUGCUGCUGUUGCUGCUGUUGCUGGUGUUGCCGCUGUUGCUGGCUGUUUGGCUUCGUCUGGCGCGGCAAGAAAUUCAGUUGCGCCGUUGAGCUCAAAGAGAAAACAACACACGAAUUACGCGCCAAGCGCCCAGCAGCUGUGAAAGUGUUGGCUGGUGGUCAAGUGGCCGAAGCGGCGAUCGCAGAUCGAAAGGAAAUUUUGCAACAACAAAAGUUAUAUGCACUUUUACUUGUUGCCCGUCUUUACAUCAUCAUCAUCAUUAUCACCAUCAAUAUCACCAUUAUUAGCAUCAUAAAUAACUUACAAUAAAUCACUGUUGUCAUGUAUAAACACACGGUCAAAUCAAAACUGUCCCAGGCACGCAGCACGCCACCUGUGUCGACUGCCACGCCUCAAAAGCAGGCGCACCAUGGCCUGGGGGCGGGUAAGAAAUUCUUCUCAAGCAUACGCCACAAAAUCGAGGAUAAUCUAACACCCAAGCUGAGCGGCAAACUCUACUACAAGGGCAGCAAGCACACACGCUCGAUGAGCGCCCUCAGUCUGGUGGACAACGGUGGCUGUGUGGUUGGCAAGUAUACGCCGAAGCCGAUAGUGACACCAUCGGAGGCUCCGGAAAGUAGCCCAUUGAUGACGCUGAGCAGCAGCAGUGUGUGCAGCUUUGUGGACAGCGACGACGAGGGCCAGAUGAGCCUGAGCCUGAAUCUCACACAGCAAUCGCUGGAGGACGAGAUCUUUGCGGAGCUUGAGAAGGUCGCGCACGACGAGAGCAAACUGAACGAGGUGCUGCAGAGUUUCGAUCAAAUACUGCAGGAGUAUCCGCCGGUGGAGGAGGAGCAAGGAGUGCAGUUCGAACAAACGCUGCCGGUGCCGAUGGCGGUGCCAGUGCCGAUGCCGCUGCCCCCACCGCCUGCUCAGUUCUGCGAUCGGCAGCUGCUGUCGAAAUCGCACAGCACACUGAGCAUCGCCUCGAGCAGGAGACAAAUCUAUCAGACGCCCGAGUUGGCCAAUUCGAUGCUGUUGCGCCGCAGUGACUCCAGGUCGAAUCAGCGCUACAAUUCGCUCUGCGACAUUAGCCAGCUGAGCGGCAGUCGGAUACCCAUAUCGAAGCACUCGAGCCUGCGCUGCCUGGAGAAGAGCAGCCAGGCUGGCAGCAAAGUGCAGCUGACGCCGCCCCAACGACAGAAGCAGCAACGCACCCGGUCCAUGCUGACGCUGAACAGCCGCAGCUGCAGCAAAGCCAGCCAGGCGGCAGCCAAAGUGAAGCCACAGACAAUGCCUGUGUCUGUAAUAGCGCCCAAGCGAGCCAACUCGACGCUGGAGCGUCGCCAGUUGGCGGCCAAACCGCCGAGGCGGGCCAACUCGACGCUGAAAGCUGUGGCCAGCCGAUCGCCCAAUGUGCACACAGAUGAGCUGCUGGUAAAGUGCCUGGCCAAGGGUCAUGACCUGCUGCGUCAGGUGGAGAGCAUCAGUGCUGGCAAACCGCGGCCCAGUCGCGGCGUUAACAAGGAGCACUCACAGCUGAUGCGGCACAAAAAACAGCAGCUGCACUACGCCAACGAAGAGAAAGUGGGCAAGCCCAAGCUAGAAUCGUGCAAGAUAAUACCGCCCAAGCUGGGCGAGACCUCGGACAAAAACCACGAACUGCUGGUCAAAGUGGUGCAACAGCCGCCGCCGCCGAAACCCAUAAAAACUGUUGAACACAGCUCGAACUGCGACUCGGAUGACUCUGGCCACAUAAGCAACACGGUUCUGUCAUCCACGAGCAAUUCGACUGGAAGUCUAUGCGAAUGCGAGGGCGAUGACGAAGACGUUGAGCCAGAGCCAGCGCAGAGCUGCUGUAGGCCCAACAAAAUUUCGCAGCUAUUGCAAAAGUUCGAGGCGAAGUCACAGUGCCAGACGGACAGCGGCCAUAAUAUGAAUGCGAUUACAACGACGACGACGAAGGUGGCGCAGGUGCGGGCGGUGCGCUGCAUACAAACACAGGUGGAGAUCUAUCCCACCUAUAUGAAAGAGGUAACUAUGCAGCUGCACUAGCCAGCGAGUCCCCAGCAAUAAUGGUGUCCCACCAUAUCUAAAUUUAAAUUAUCUAUUAGAACUAUUUCUUAACUAUUAACUGGAAUAAAUACUGUUUAAAAACAAAAACCUCUACCGCUUAUCUUCUGUUCUCUAUUCAACUUUAACACUUGGUUUCGGUUAUUUUGUUGCCUUUGUUUUUAGUACUUUUCUUGUAGCUCGUCUCACCUCAAUCCCCACCACCUCAUCUUGAUCGUAAAACCCGCAUAUACAAAUACAAAAUACACACAAACACACACAAAUACACACACCCAUUUUCCCGGUUAGUCGCAAUUUCACAUUGGGUUACUUUCAUUUUUGAUCUACGUGCGCUGCAUAAUUAAAAAUUUCGAAAUAGUUUCUCGAAAAACGUCGCAAAUUCAGAGACACAUAGUUGACACACCUUGGCAAGGUGCGUCCGAUUCCGAACCCAAGCCAAAGACAUUUGGCUCACUAAUUUGUAGUCGCAAUGGUAGUUCGCGACUUUGUCCCAGCUGCAUUUGUUUAUGAGCUCCGGUGCUGCCUAAUGGAAUUGACGCACAUUUGUUUAUUUACAAUUUUCUAUUUUGUGUUGGUUUUGCAUACCCUGAAUCCAUUGAAAUUCUGUGAAUGGGGGUAUAAUGCCUAUUGGCUAAUGUAUGUAAGGGGAAGAAAGGAGACCGAAAGCUGGAAGUUGCCUAUUUGUCUAUAUCUAUUAUUAUUAUUUACUUUCAAUGCAUUAGCUUUUCG